GAUUGCCAGAGUCGAUAUCCAGGCGAGGGAGCUGACCCUCGGGAGACGACACAAGACAUGGACGUAGACAGCGUCACGCUCGAGUCCUUCCUCGAGCUCAACUUUCCCUCCGAACUGAACUUCGCGACGCCAAUCGAGUAUCCGUCCUUCAACACCCCCGACGCCGUCCUGCAAACGACGGCACCGACGACGAUCACCCAAGAGCCACCCACGUCUUCCUUGACGAGCAGCGUCCUGGCGUUCCAGAUGACCCAGCCCGUUCAGACCAUGGACGUCGUCUCCGGCGCCGUCUCGAGCACCGCGACUCCGGCCCUGUCCUCUCCACCGGUUGUCCAGUCCUCCUCGGGUCGGCCCCAGCGGUCGUGUCGACUCAACCCGGACUACAACCUGAGGCCCCGGUCGGUCCAGAUACGCAUCGAGACGGAACAGCGGCGCAAACAGCAGCAGCAACAGCCGCAGCAGCGCGCUCACAAGCGGGAGCCCAAGCCGAAGCAGAAGCCGCCACCACUGUCCAAGUACCGGAGGAAAACGGCGAACGCUCGCGAACGCUGCCGGAUGCAGGAGAUCAACCGGGCCUUCGAAGAGCUCAGGGCGGCCGUGCCGGCGCUGCCUCCGGACUGCGUUCCGGACAAAAAUGGAGAUAGCAGUAAGCUCACCAAGAUCACCACGCUGAGGUUGGCGGUGAACUACAUUGCCGCCCUGUCCAGGAUGCUCAGAGAGGCCAACGAGUCCGAAGAAAACUCCUCCGAAGUCGACUCGGUGCAGAGCAUCGACUCGCUCGAAUCGAGCCUCGACUUUGGAGACGACCCACUGCUGAUGGGCACCGACCUCGUCGGCAUGAUCCUCGAGUCUGACGGUGAGAGCCUCCAGCUCAGUGAUGCCCCGACGCCGUGAAAUGGCCAGCGAAAAAAAAAACGUUCGUCGGAUGAGACGUGGGAAGCUUCGGCCGCCAGAGAUAGUGUGUUGUGCGCGCUUUCACGACGACUGGACGCGCGUGCUGUGACUAUGCUGAUGUAAGAUUGAGCGGCCAAACCCAUGACCAGCCGACGUUUAUGAACUGUCCCGAGCACUUUCAGACCGGGGCUGCGCUGCCGAACGUCGCGCCCCUUCAGCAACCGCACGCACGACUCGUCGAUACAACUUUCGUGCGACGGUGUUUGAGGAAAAGAUGACACUGUGUCAGUUAAACCGUUCUUUUUUUAUUUUCGUGGAGCAGGAUCUCCAAGAAUAUUGUUACGCUUUUGCGCAUGUAUCCCAACGAAAUAACUUUUUUUUUCUCGUCUCAAGUGAUGAUCUGUGCGCGAGAAUGUGUCAAGUACGGUGAAUAAGUGAUUCCACGAAGUGUUGGUUUUGUUGAGUCACGCGUUUUGUUCACGUUGCAGUGCCUUAAACUCUUCGGUCGAGAAUCUCGUCUCUUUUUGAGAUGUGAAUAACCGCUAACGCAAAGUUUCGUUAUAGGCACGUAAAUGCUGUGACGAAAGCAGUUCUUUCGCAACCUGCUCGUUUUGCCAUCGUAGACACGUUUGUUCGAACGCUACGAUGCAGCUUCAGUGUCGAUGCUCACAUUUAAGAGUGGAUUCUUCAGCCGUGCCAUAACGUGAGAGCUGAGAAAGCCACUAUCUGUGCCAUGACCUAUUACCUUACAAGCGAAUAACGUGUGGCCGCUCAACGAGAAAUUAUACGGCGAACAUGCAAUCUAGUCCGUCCAAAAGGUAGUUUCUUGCGCCUUCUACGUCUGGUGACGUUGGAUGUGGGAAACGACAGCGUUUGCAUUAUGAAGUUGGGAGUCGAAUCGGGUGAUAUUGUAAGAAUAGAAAGUCCCGUGGGGCAACUUCUGAUUCGCUUGCUUGUGUGCUUGCCGUAAAUGAUGGCAGUCUGCAAAUUUAGUACAGAUUGUGCGCACAUAACGUGAGAGGACAAUCCUCUCACCUUUCGGAAUCUACAGAUAAAGAAGCGUCGAAAAAAAUUUUCUUACCGAUCGUGACAACGUGAAAGUUUGCGGAGACUGGCCCGAGCAUGCAAAAUAACGUUUGUAAAUUAUAUAAAAUAUAUCCCAUUGAACCCUUGAGUUGUUACCACUACGAAUUUCCCUACUUUAUUUUUAACUUUACAUCGUUUCUGGCACUAUCAGAGUAAUCUGCGCGAGGAAAUUAAAGCGAAAACGAGCAAGAUUUCUAAAAGUUUUUGUCAUCCCAAAAAGACUAGGUAUCCAAGACAACAAUAUAUUCAUUAUAUCACCAAAAGCUUGUUUGAUUUACAUCAGAACUAUGCAUAUUUCUUUCCCUUUGUUUUACGAGACUAAUACGGUCGUAUGCAAUGCUAAAACUGUCAUCACCAAUGUUUAGUGGAACCAUCAACGUGGAUAACAAUGCAGGCAAAGUUGUGGGAAAUGUAACCUAUAUGCCAUCACGCGUUGAUGAAAAUAACUUCUGAGCGCUCAUCUUUUUCUCCUUCGAGGCCCUAAACGAAUGCAUGCCGCAUAGGACGAUACCACAGUUCGUGCAUUUCCGUCCAUGCUUUAGCGAUACACCCGACACAAUAUAUGUUUAAUAAAGGCGAUAGAGCAAGAGAAGUUUCUAUUUUGUGUGAGAUUCAAGAUGCAUUCCAGUCUCAGUGACUUCCAUCUACCGGCAAAAGAACAUCAAUGUACACGCGACUUACAGCUUUUGCAUUAGCGCUAGCUUCCGGUCACAAACGCAACGUAUUCAUUGAAAGCACGCUGGUCGUGGAUUUCAAGAGAGCAUUUUUUUUUUGGGGGGGGGGGGGGGCAGGUUGAAAUAACUUUUUGUCGCUGCGUUCUACGAAAUGCUUCUCAAAUCAGCCGAAGUUUGAACCCUGCACUUCCUUCUCUUCGUAUUCCCGUUGUGUAUUAUAAGAGUGAAUGUAUGAACUGAAUUGUAUCACAUUUUCUGUUCGGUUUAUUAUGGAAAGACGUCUACGAUAGCACGAGAUAUGUUCACGAUUCAUCAGUUUAGUAAUGCACUGACCCUUCAAAAUGGAACCAUGACUUCCUGCUGUUGCAAGAAGAUAGGGUACCGCGCUCUCAUGCGUGCAAAGACAAUGAUAUUUCCUUUCGAAGUCCUGUAUAAUUGUGAGCAACAGGUUCACAAAAACCACAAUGCUGAUUUGAUGUACAUCACAAAGACUUUAUAAGCAAUCAUGAGUAUUCGUAGCCGCCUACGCACUGGCGCAGAGUAUGAAAGUAUUAUGCUAAUUGAUGUUUAUUUCAUAACUAAAUUUAAUUGGCUAAACUAACAAUAGUUAUAUCCGAAGCACUGUAUUUGUCUCAACGUUUUUUUUUCUUUGUUAACACAAUGCGAAUUGGUUGCAAAGUGUGUUUUUUCCCACCUCUACUUAAGGCAUUCAAGCAGUUAUGAUGAAUGCUACAUGCACAAAUAAAAACGCAUAAAAUAUACCGCUAAAUAGAAGCAAUGUUGUAAACGAUUUAAUCACCCGUUUUCCUAGGACUUAAGGUCAAUAAAAAAUGGCCACCUGUAAGGACCUUGAAGUGCAAUACCUUCAAAUGAAGGUAAGGUGAACUUUAUCUUGCGCGUAUAGUAUGGUGCAUCGUGUGACUGGAUAUGCAUGUGAAUGAAUGUCUGUGACUCUCGUUGAAGACCGGGCCCAAAGCAAUAUGCAAGAUAAGAUAGCAGACAAGCUCAGCUUCAGAGUUAUACCGGUGUUCUUCUCAAAGGCGUCAGUGUUGUGUAAAAAAAUUUCGUUUAUGUGAAGUGUGACACUUUGCGCCAAUGUCGUGAAUAUGCCGGUGAAUCUCUUUUAUUUUUGUGCGUUGUCAUGUUUCUUGUUUGAUGAUCUUGAACAGCUCACUGUUUAUGUGCAAAUGUCUUAUUGUCGUUAAGUGCAGCUGAAAGAAACGACCCAACCAUGCUGGGAUUUUGUUCAUAUUUUUUUCGAACUUGACAAACAUGUUUCUCACUUUCGAUAUUAUAUCUAUAUUUUUUUGAAAUUGACAGAACAAUAAAGAAUGUUUAUAUAAAUGAA